AUGAAUGCCAACAACGCUGGUAUUGGCAACCAGCGGCCCCCUGUUCCACCUCAGCAUUUACCGCCCCAAUACUCUCCCCAUGGCCAAAUGGUGCCUGGUCAUGCUGGACCAGCAAACGCUUCUCAUCCGUUACGAGCAAUUGACCCCAAUCAGUUCUCGGGUUUCCCCAUGAAUCCCAAUCAGCAAAUCAAUGCCAUGGUUAACCAAAUGACAAAGCUCCAUUUGGACACGAAUAGCAUGGGCAAAGUGCACGAAUCGUUCAACCAUGAUUUUAACGGCAAAGAGUUCCGAGAUUUCCCUGACGAUGUUUCCACUUGGUACGAAGGCUGGACUCUAUUCCCCACAGAAUCAGACUCUUCAGACUCGGCACAAACGUGGUCUCAAGUUACUCGAACCCAAAUCCACCUCUCCCAAGAGGAACUAAUCAAAGAAAAGUCAAAACAAAAAAAGAAAAGUUCGAGAAAUGUGGCAGAGCAGUAUAAUGCGUUAGGGAAGGGAAAGCGGUCGCAAAUCGACCGACUGAUUGAAGAACGAAAAUUGAAAGAUGGCGAUAUUCGAUUUGAAUGGACUUUUGUUUUCAUUUUUGCGAAUACAAAAAAUGUUGGUCGUCGUGGGUUGGUCACAGAAUACAUCACUACAUCUCUUGAUGUUAUUCUUAUGAGAAAAGUUCGACCCGGUAUCACGCUGCCUACCGGCAACUACCGUGUCGCGAACCGUGACACCCCUGAGAUCUUUAACCUAGAUCCCCAUUUUGACCUAAAAGAAAAAAGUAAAGCGCAGAGCUAUCCGUCAGAGAUACAUGCUCACCGAUUGCCGGAGCCCAGAUUUGGACAAGAAAACCCUCAGCAUCAUGGCGGAAUGGAUCCUCCUGGCCAACGCCAGAAUGCUCAUCCUAUCAUCGUCCAUCCUAACAUGGGCAUGGUUGGUACAUAUCCUGGAGAACAACAUAGCGGCUUUCCACCCCACCAAGAAGCACAACCGCGAAUUCCACUUCAGGUUCACCAAAUUCAUCUGGGUCAGCAUACGCAGCCGAAUGGUGUCCAAAUAAUUAACGUCCCAAAGCAGGAUGCACACGGGUUGCCUCCACCACCACCACCAGCACCACACCCACCGGUACCGUCUCAUCCUCAAUCUUAUCCUCAUCCCCAAUAUCAACAUCACCAUCAACACCAAAAUCAGCAUCAACACCAACACCAACAUCAACAGCAACCGCAGUCACAACCACAAGUCCAAGAACAACAACGUCUGCCCAACUUUACCCAAGGACAUACUCAAGGCCAUAUCGAAGAACACCAAUCCUAUAAACCAACCUCAGCGAAAAUCAUAAAUAUGGAAAAAGUGCCAUCCAAAGAGUCGUUUGGAGGUCCCGGGGGCAGCAGCGUGGAUGAUAACGAGUCUGUGAUUUUUGAUGAAUUUGAAGAUGCCAGUUCAGCGACUACGGAGGACUCCUUAUUUUAUGAUGAAAAUGACCAACAUGCCAUUCAAGGCGAGGGUGCCGAAAGAAUCCAACGCCGUGGCUCAAAAACCCGCGGGAUGCUUGAGCCCGUCUAUCGAUAUCACCAACGCCCGUCCAGCAAAUACCCAAUAUACAAAGACCAUCGCCGCCCUGAUCCACGGUACACUCACGUGUCUGUGGAUAUCUACCCAGAAAACAGCACCCAUAAACGACGACCGACUAAUCGGCUUUCUCGCUCGGCCUCCGUGUCUUAUCCUGGUGAGCCAAGACUGCGGUUCACACAUGAUGAGAACCGACGGGACAGAAAUCGUGACCUACCCUCAGCCAAUCGUGGACAGCAGGCCCUGACACCCUCAAAAAGGUACUCCAACACCCAUAUCCAAGAUGACAUUCGCACCGAUAGGGAGUGGGAGCGUAACCAAUGGGACCGCGAACACUCUCUGAACAACUACAUGCUCAACAAACGCCGGGAGGAACAGUGGGACAAUCGGAACCACCGGGACGCCCAUCGACGCUGGGAACAGGGUAGUGCUGAAGUGCAUCCACCGCACGCACCACAUCCGCCUCAGCGCAAAAGCACAGAAGGUAACACCCAAUAUCCCGCUCAACUUCCGCGAGAGGAUCGUUCCGAACAAUAUGCUAGGAUGGUGGAACUCAAUCGGAUGAGCUCUACCGCCGGUGGCGCGGGAGGAAGGCAGGAUCAGUAUGGUGAGGAUGAUGCCUUUAACGAUCCCGACCCAUUUGGCCGUGAGAAGAUGGACCGCUAUCAAAUGGGCCAUGGACAGUCGGACCGUGAGCGGGAUCGUGGCCGGAUGGAUCAUCGUCGUCAUUCCCAAAUGGAGCCACCUCGUCGGAACGAUUAUUAUGGUCGCUGA